AUGGAUGAAAAGGGGAAGUCAAGUGUGAGCGAGAGUCUGGCGAGAAGCAUAAGUAGGGGUAUCAGCAUGGCUUCCCCGGGUUGGCGGAUUGAAGAUGUGUUUUCCCCUGGUAGAGGUGGUAGUCAUGACGGACGGACAAGUCGUAAUUCCAAGGAAGACGAAGAGGCCUUGCGAUGGGCUGCACUGGAGAAACUUCCUACUUACAGUCGGAAAUUUAUAGACAAGAUUUUUAUGGACCCUGAAGAAGAUAACGAUAAGUUCUUGAAGAAGUUCAGAGAUCGGGUUGACAAGGCUGGAAUCACACUUCCAACGGUUGAAGUUCGGUUUCAAAAUUUGUCUAUAGAAGCUGAUUGCCAUGUCGGAGAUAGAGCACUCCAAACGCUGAUAAAUUCUGCCAGAAAUAUUGUUGAAUCCUUUUUCGCUAUUGUCGGGAUCAAUUUUUCCCAAAAGGCUAAACUUCAUAUUCUUAAAGAUGCAUCCGGAGUUAUCAGACCAUCAAGGUUGGCACUUCUAUUGGGUCCGCCAUCUUCUGGUAAGACAACCCUUCUGUUGGCUUUGGCAGGAAGGCUGGAUCACAGCUUAAAAGUUGAUGGAGAGAUAACUUACAAUGGUCAUAAGCUCAAUGAAUUUGAACCACGAAGGACAGCAGGAUACAUUAGCCAGAACGAUAUUCAUGCUGGAGAAAUGACCGUGAAAGAAACAUUAGAUUUCUCAGCAAGAUGCCAGGGAAUUGGAUCUCGUUUAGGUAGCUUCCCUUUUGUUACUUAG